CCUUAGCUCGGAGCUCGUUUCGGUUCUGAGCGCUGGGCGAAGAAGAUGGGGUGGGCGUCCGAGCUUCUCGUGGUGAUGUCAUGGCUUUGCGUCGUGGGAUGCGCGCGUGGGAUCGGCGCCAACUGGGGGACGCAGGCGAGCCACCCGCUGCCGCCGAGCACGGUGGUGCAGCUACUCAAGGACAACGGAAUCCAGAAGGCGAAGCUGUUCGACGCCGACGACCGCGUGCUGAGCGCCCUCGCCAACAGUGGGAUUCAGGUGAUGGUCGGGAUCCCCAACGAUAUGCUCGCCUCCCUCGCCUCCGACCACAAGGCGGCGGAGCGGUGGGUGGCGAAGAACGUCUCGGAUUACGUUCAUGAUGGAGUUGAUAUCAGGUUUGUUGCCGUCGGCAACGAGCCGUUCUUGGAGACCUACAACGGGAGCUUUCUGCAGACUACGUAUCCGGCGCUGCAAAACAUCCAAGCGGCUCUCGACGCGGCUGGGCUGAGCAACCAGGUCAAGACCACCGUCCCCCUCAAUGCCGACGUCUACCGAUCGGUGACCGGCAAGCCCUCCGAUGGUGACUUCCGCUCCAACAUACAUGACCUCAUGCUGUCCAUCGUCAAGUUCCUCAGCGACAAUGGCGCUCCCUUCACCGCCAACAUCUACCCCUUCAUCAGCCUCUACGAGGACCCCAACUUCCCCGUGGACUACGCCUUCUUCGACGGCUACUCCUCCCCCAUCGUCGACGGCUCGUUCACCUACACCAACGUGUUCGACGCCAACCAUGACACCCUCGUGGCGGCGCUGCAGAGGAACGGCUUCGGGAACGUCUCCAUCAUCGUGGGCGAGAUCGGGUGGCCGACGGACGGGAACAUGAACGCGAACCAGCAGCUCGCGCAGCGGUUCAACCAGGGCUUCAUGAACCAUGUCUCGAGCGGCAACGGCACGCCGCUGAGACCCGGGCCGAUCGACGCGUACCUCUUCAGCUUGGUCGACGAGGACGAGAAGAGCAUCCAGCCGGGGAACUUCGAGAGGCACUGGGGCGUGUUCGCCUACGACGGCAGCCCAAAGUACGAGCUCGAUCUCCGCAGCACAACAGAAGCGGCGGCGGCGGCGGCGGCGGUGGCGAAUUCCAGUUCACUCGUCGGGGCGAAGAACAUCAAGUACUUGGAGAGGAAGUGGUGCGUGCUGAAGCCUUCGGUGAGCCUCGACGACGCCGAGAUCGCGCCGAGCGUCAGCUACGCUUGCGAGAACGCAGACUGCUCCAGCCUCGGAUACAAGACGGCGUGCAGCGAUCUGGAUGCGCAGGGAAACAUCUCGUAUGCGUUCAACAGCUACUACCAGAAGAACGACCAGGACAACAGGGCCUGCGGGUUCUUGGGCUUGGCGAUCGUCACCGAGAAGGAUCCAUCGACCUCUACCUGCAAAUUCGACAUCAUGAUCGAUGCUGAGGCUGCAGAAUCCUGGAAAGCCCGAACACUCACACAGCUCAAUUUGCUUUGGUGUAUUGUUCUUCCGGUUAUAGUGACGUUUGUGUGAGAUGUGUAUUGCUGUGCUGGCUUUUCUUGUAUUAUAGCCGUGAUUGUGAUCUUGUGACAGAAGGUUUGAUUUGAGUUACGAACAAACUUUCUUUUUUGCGUAAUUAAAUGCUAGAACAUGUUGGUUUGAUCUCU